AUGGUUCGAACAAGUAUUUUGGCGGAUGCCAUGAACUCCAUCAACAAUGCCGACAGCAUGGGCAAGCGCCAAGUCCUAGUCCGUCCCGCUUCCAAGGUCACCGUCGAGUUCCUCAACAUCAUGCAGAAGCACGGCUACAUCGGCGAGUUCGAGAUCGUAGACGACCACCGCAGCGGCAAGAUCGUCGUUCAGCUUAACGGACGGCAAGUCCUCAACAAGUGCGGUGUCAUCAGCCCCCGAUACAACAUCAAGAUUUCACAGAUGGAGAAGUGGGUUACGAAGCUCUUGCCUGCUCGUCAGUUCGGUCACAUUGUCCUCACCACAUCCGCCGGUGUCAUGGAUCACCAGACUGCCAGACGGAAACACGUCUCUGGCAAGAUACUGGGCUUCUUCUACUAG